UAAAAAAAUAUUUUACAUUCUCUUUCCCUCUCUCUCAGCCGAACCAAAACCCCUAAAAGUCUCGUCUCUCUAAUCCUCAUCCCUCUCACCUGUAACGACCGGCGAAUUUCGGCGACGACGACCGACAACAACUCGGAUGAGGUUGAAAAAGCAGAAGCGCCAUCGCAAGAGUGUCAGGUUUUAUACAGCUUGCUUUGGCUUUCGAGAGCCCUUCAAGGUUCUAUGCGAUGGAACUUUUGUACAUCACCUUCUUGUCAAUCGUAUUACUCCAGCUGAUACAGCCCUCUCAAAUACACUCGGUGCUGAAGUCAAAAUCUUUACCACCAGAUGUGUUCUUGCAGAAUUGAAUAGCCUUGGUGACUCCUAUUCUGAAUCUCUUAAGGCAGCUCGGAAACUCAUGACUGCAAGAUGUGACCAUGAGAGGAGGAAGAGUGCUGUGGCUUGCAUAAUGGAAGUUAUUGGAGAAAACAACCCUGAGCACUUCUUUGUUGCCACUCAGGAUGCUGAUUUACGGAAGAAGUUGCAGGAGGUACCAGGUGUUCCUGUGAUAUUUGGUUUACGAAAUGCCCUAUUUCUUGAGCCUCCAUCUGCUUUUCAACAGCGGUUUGUCAAAUGUGCUGAAGAAGAACGAUCACACAUGACUGAGUUGGAGUAUGAGAUGUUAAAAAUGAAGAAAAACAAGAGCCUAGCCACCGCAGAUGCAGGGGAUUCCUUCGAUGCAAAUGAAGAUCUGGUAGAUCAAAGUUUAGGGAACCAGGUUGUCAAGGCUAAUACCGUGAGGAAGACAAUAGCUGUGAAGGACAAAGUUCAGUUUAAGAGAAAGAAAGCUAAGGGUCCAAACCCACUGUCAUGUAAGAAGAAGAAGAGUAAUGGAAACCCAAAUCCUUUUCCGGGAAAGGAAAGCGGGGAUAGUGACGGAACUGUCAGAAGCAGGAGUAGGAAAAGGAAGAGACCGCGCAAGGGCAAAACGCUUGCAGAGGCAACUGGUUAACAGUAUUCAGCAUACAUAAGCCAAGCUUCAAAAUUUUGAUCCCGAGCUAAUAGGCAUAAUUUCUAUUCCAACUCACGGGGAGGAACGACUACUCUGUUGGGGUUGGAGAAGGCAACGAAACGAACAAAUUUUGUGUUUCUUUUUUUUGUUGGGAAACCAAUGGUAUCUCCAUUCCCUUGGGGCAUGUGUUAUUGAAUACUUGCUGCAUCAUGGAAAAUUGCUUUUCAGAGAUAAUUCGAUGCAAUAGUUUAUAAAAGAGUAUGGAUCAAUUUACAGCAGUUUUGCCAAUGCGGAUCAAUUAUAAGUGUUGGAUUAUUGAUCACAUUUCGGAUUAAUUUAUAUUCGUGCGCAAUAUGUGUUGCACAAUGUUAGAGCAGGAGUGAUGUGAUAUUUGCUUUCAAAGGUGAAGAUUGCAUCAU